AUGGCAACAGGAAAUGGGGUACCUGACAUCAUGGAAGAGAACGUUGACAGCUCAAGCGUCCAUGACAACCGCGAGGCCUCCUGGAUCAGAGAGCUUCGGGGCAACAUCCAGGCGGCCUCUAUCUGGACGCCACCUUGGGAGAAUCAGGAGCAGGCAAGGGAAGAAUCGACCACCAAUCCCAGCAUCUUCAGCGUCCCCGCAAGCUUCCGGGAACAAAGCCCCGAGCGCUACCAGCCGAAGGUGGUCGCCAUCGGCCCUUACCACAGGGGCAAUUCCAAGCUGCUGAUCGAGAACAAAGUCAAGAUGUGGUGCGUGAAUCGCUUCAUCUCCCGGCAUUCACUCAACCUCCAACAAUGGCUCCUUGAUAUGACGUCGAGGGAGAAAGAGGCUCGCAGCUACUACUCCGAAGACGUGUCCAUGGACAGCCGAAGCUUUUUAGAGAUGUUGCUGCUCGAUGGCUGCUUCAUUUUAAUGGCUUUCAAAGCCAUGGAAUCCCUUACGUUCGACCCGAAAUGGCCGUCGGACCAAAUCAUGCUUGACUUGCUGGUGCUCGAGAACCAGAUCCCUUUCUUCGUCCUAGUCCUACUAUGCAAUGGGAUCGGUGGGGAAGAAGGAUUCAGGAAGUUUGCUGAGCUUGAUGACGCUGGCACUUUCAUUCAUUAUGUCCUCCGUUCCCUUGAUCAGACCCAUAUGAUUGGGAAUUUGAAUCCCUCUAUCCUCCGUGAGCAAGUCCUCCAUUUGUUGCACCUAUUUCGCUUGUCCUUGCAUCCUUCCACGUUCGAGCGUGGUGGGUUCGAAACCAUAAAUGUAGCCAAACAAAACAUAAUAGCCCAAAUUUUCCGCACUCCAACUUGCGUUCCUAGCGCGACAGAGCUCCAGUAUUGGUCUGCUGUGAAGUUCAAGAAACAUUCAGGCGGCAUCUUGGACAUAAGUUUCUGCAACGGGGUGAUGAAGAUCCCGUUCCUGGAAAUUAAUGACGGCAACCAAACAAUUCUCCAUAAUCUCAUCGCCUUUGAGCAGUGUUAUCACCCCCACGUCGAACGUCAUGUCACAACCUAUGCAGCAUUCAUGAACUGCCUCAUAAAUAAAGAAGGUGACGCGGGUCUGCUUGAAAGGAGAGGGAUCUUGUUGAACAGGCUGCCCACCAGCAACGAUGCGGCCUUUUUCUUCAGCAAGUUGAGUCCAACAGCCAAAGUUAGCCCAAUAUAUUUAAAAAGCCUAAUUGAUGAGGUGAAUAGAUAUCACAAGAAGAAACGACAUAGGUGGUGUGCUGAUUUAAAGCUCAAUCAUUUCUCCAAUCCACGGCUGAUCAUGUCGGUGCUAGCUGCUACUGUCCUCCUCAUUCUCACUUUCAUGCAAACCUAUUAUUCUGCCCUUGGCUGGCCACAACUUAGAUCACAAGGAGUACAGAAAGUUGUCGACAAAGGCUAUGAAGAGCAUCAAGAAAAACUAUGGUUAAAUCAAGCCCAAAAAGGUGCCUUGGAGAGGAAUAGGAAGAAGGAUCUGAUGAUGAGGGCACGGAUUUUAGCUACUGACAUUCGCUCACAUGCUGCCAAGAAGAGGACAGUAAUCGAUGCUGGACCUUUCCGACUGUCGAGAAAGAAUCGGAUUGCUACUCCAUCAGUAUUGACGAGGGAACCCGACGUUCCAUCAAAGACAGCCUCCGAGCCGAUCCUAAUAUUAUCGACCCCGACAAUGCUUCUUCCAACUGAAGUUUCGUUCACUAGAGUCGAGAUGGUGAGGGAUGAAGAAGUUGCAGCAAAAUCAUCAGCGGCUCCAUUGAUGGGGGUUCAGGUCGGGUCAAAAGUCAUGGCCAAAUCCGAGCAAUCUGUGGCUGCGCCAGCUGUUCCACUAGUAGAGCGAUCUCGGGCAUAG